AGUGUGCUCCGCGCCCCCUGCCGCGGAGCCUCCCAGCUCCCCACCCCACCCCACCUGCCGGCUGUGGCUCUCCGCGGGAGAUCUCACCGUUCUGGACACAGGGCUUGCUCUCUCUCAUUGGAGACUGGAAGGACAGGCUGUCUGGGCCUUAGGAAAGGCCCAUGCUGUAUAAGGCAUGGGGAAAGGAAAGGAAGAAAGGCAACGAAUAAGGAGCCCUUCUAACUGCCGCUUCCUGCUGGCCUCCCUUCCUAAGCUGGGCUAAGGCUUCCUCUCCAUGGGCUGGGGAGGGGUCGCCAGUAGGCCUCGGCGGAUCCUCUUUGGCUCGGACAGCGGUUCUCACGAAGGGUCCUGGGCCGGCAUCAUCAGUUUCACCUGGGAACCGGUUAGAAAAGCAAAUUCCCUCGGCCCCACCCAGACCCACGCCAAGGGCAGCUGUGGAGUGGGGCGCAGCGAUGCGCACAUUAACAGCCCUCCAGGCUUCUUAGCCCGGGCUUGGGCAGUAGCUCUCCGGUCAGCGGGGAGGAGGUUGCGCUGCGCUCCUGGAGCGCCAAUGGCGUGACUGGCCCCGCGCGAAGCAGCAACAGUGCCCGGCCACCCCGCUUCUCCGCCCGGAGCCAUGAAUCUCAGUAGCGCCAGCAGCACGGAGGAAAAGGCAGUGACGACCGUGCUCUGGGGCUGCGAGCUCAGUCAGGAGAGGCGGACUUGGACCUUCAGACCCCAGCUGGAGGGGAAGCAGAGUUGCAGGCUGUUGCUUCAUACGAUUUGCUUGGGGGAGAAAGCCAAAGAAGAGAUGCAUCGCGUGGAGAUCCUGCCCCCAGCAAACCAGGAGGACAAGAAGAUGCAGCCGGUCACCAUUGCCUCGCUCCAGGCCUCAGUCCUCCCCAUGGUCACCAUGGUAGGAGUGCAGCUUUCUCCCCCAGUUACUUUCCAACUCCGGGCUGGCUCAGGACCCGUGUUCCUCUGUGGCCAGGAACGUUAUGAAGCAUCAGACCUAACCUGGGAGGAGGAGGAGGAGGAAGAAGGGGAGGAGGAGGAAGAAGAGGAGGAAGAUGAUGAGGAUGAGGAUGCAGAUGUAUCUCUGGAGGAGGAAAGCCCUGUCAAACAAGUCAAAAGGCUGGUGCCCCAGAAGCAGGCGAGCGUGGCUAAGAAAAAAAAGCUGGAAAAAGAACAAGAGGAAACAAGAGCCAGCGUUAGAGACAAGAGCCCUGCGAAAAAGGCCAAAGCCACAGCCAGACCCAAGAAGCCAGGAUUCAAGAAAUGAGGGGCCACGGUGCAAAGUAGGCCUUCCCUGGACAGUGCUGCGGGCACAGGGUGCCCCUGCCCGGCCCCUCCAUCUGUGUCUGAAUGUGACAGGGGUGUUGUAGGGGCAACAUGAGAGCCCCUCACCCCCAACUCUCCGCUUUCAGGAGACCCCCAGUGAAGAGCCCCACCUCGGGGUCACAAUAAAGUUGCCUAGUCAGGA